AUGGCGGACAAGUCGGCUUACAUGAGCGCUGGUGGAUACAGCUCCGGCUACAUGGGAUCAAAUGCAUCAUCUUCUGGAUAUGCCCGUGAAGACUAUGCUUCCGGAGGAAGUGGUGGAGGAGCCAGCAACAACCAAAACCAAGGAUCGGGAGGAAAUACCAACCCAGGACAACAAGUCUUCAAGGCUCGUACUGAUCAAUCGUGUUACCUUGGACCAUAA